CCCUGUCUGCUUGGAUUGUUUCAGUGUUGACUGUCUAUCUGUCCUUACCAUGCAAGCGAUAAACAUCACAGCUUACAAACGUUUGGGUGACAGUUAUGCUGAGGAAAAUGGCGGAUUACUGGAGGAAGCGGAGAUUGAGGUGAUGGGCAAUGGUCGUCGAGGAAAACCAAAAAAAGAUGGCUACGAAAAGCUGAAUGGAAAUUCUGAUUCAGAGGAUGGUUAUGAAACGGCUGUGGACACAGAUGGUGAUGUGGACAGAACUUACCUUGACAAGCCCGAUGUGGGAUACCAGAGAAGCUGUUGCGAGAAAGACAUGUUGGCGGCUCGAGAACGGAAUGUUCAAACAGGCGCCAAUGGUGGUUACCAAAGUCUAGCAUCCUCCGUCGAUUACACCAGCCAGGGUUACCAAGGUUAUCAAACACAGGAAAGGACGACAAAAAAGUCACGGACACAUGGAAACGAUGAACAGGCAGACGACUGCGGCUAUUUUAAACUGGAAGGGUUUUCUGAGUUUUGUGGUAACCUCACAAACAUGAAAAACACUGACAUUAGAAAUGGGUAUAGUGUGCAAGUUGGUAACGUGUUGGAUGAAAACAAAAAGUUGUGCGAAGAACAGCCAGCGAUGGACUCGGAAGAUGUGAAAAUCGAAGCCACUCCACAAGUGUGCGGUUUUCGGUGUAUUGUGAAAUUAUGUCAGAUGACAUUUUGUGUGCUGGCUUUGACGUCUGCACUCUUCACAAACUCCUGGUUGAGCACAGCAGUCGGUGUCUGGUUCAUGGUGGUUAACUUUUUAUGCGGAGGAAUCGCAGGUUCCGUGCUACUCGCCCAGAUCUACCGGAAAAUUGAUAGACUUGCGAUAUGUAGGCGGAAGCUGAUCCAGGUCACCUAUUUUGUGAUGAUUCCGAUGUUGCUGAGCGCAGGUCUUUCGGCAGCGUCUGUGGCCACGUCACGUUACUAUCGGACCGAGUUCGAAAAGUCAAUGAUGAUGGUUGCCUCUAUGUUCUGUCUCAUGGCAUUAUUUGCCACUAUUACUGAUGUGGUCAUGAACCGAAGAACUUGGAGGAUGUUUCGACUUGCAGGCGGUAACGCCUACAUCCACGCUGCCUUUAUGGCUUAACUCACUUACAUCCACGUUGUCUUUAUGGCUUAACUCACCUACAUCCACGCUGCCUUUAUGGCUUAACUCACUUACAUCCACGCUGUCUUUAUGGCUUAACUCAUCUACAUCCACGCUGCCUUUUUGACUUAACUCACCUACAUCCAUGCUGCCUUUAUGGCUUAACUCAUUUACAUCCACGCUGCCUUUAUGGCUUAACUCACCUGCAUCCACGCUGCCUUUAUGGCCUAACUCACCUACAUCCACGCUGCCUUUAUGGCUUAACUCACCUACAUCCACGCUGCUUUUUUGGCUUAACUCACCUACAUCCAUGCUGCCUUUAUGGCUUAACUCACCUACAUCCACGCUGCCUGUAUGACUUAAAUCACCUACAUCCGCGAUGUCAUUACGACUUGACAUGGUGUUGAACAUCCUUGGUGUUGGCUUAACUUAGCUGUGUCCACAAUGCUAUUACGGCUAAACUCCAUUCUCUCCACGCUAUAAUUAUGGUUUAACCUACCUGUGUCCACAAUGCUAUUACGGCUAAACUCCCUGUUAUCCAUGCUGUAAUUAUGGCUUAACAUACCUGUGUCCACAAUGCUAUUACGACUAAACUCCAUGUUACCCAUGCUGUAAAUAUGGCUUAGCAUACCUGUGUCCACAAUGCUAUUACGGCUAAACUCCAUGUUAUCCAUGCUGUAAUUAUGGCUUAACAUACCUGUGUCCACAAUGCUAUUACGACUAAACUCCAUGUUAUCCAUGCUGUAAUUAUGGCUUAACCCACCCGUGUCCACAAUGUUAUUACGACUAAACUCCCUGUUAUCCAUGCUGUAAAUAUUGCUUAACAUACCUGUGUCCACAAUGCUAUUACGACUAAACUCCAUGUUAUCCAUGCUGUAAAUAUGGCUUAGCAUACCUGUGUCCACAAUGCUAUUACGACUAAACUCCAUGUUAUCCAUGCUGUAAUUAUGGCUUAAACCACCUGUGUCCACAACGUUAUUACGACUAAACUCCAUGUUGUCCAUGCUGUAAUUAUGGCUUAAACCACCUGUGUCCACAACGUUAUUACGACUAAACUCCAUGUUGUCCAUGCUGUAAUUAUGGCUUAACUUAACCAUAUCGAAUAUGCCCUUACGGCUAAUUAUCGUGGGAUCCAGGCUGUUACGUAUAUGAAUCAAAUACUAUGGCUACUCUGGCUUAGAUAACUGUCGACAUCCACGUUAAGACUUGUAUACAACACAAUUCACCAUAUUUUACUACAUAUACGCUGGCCUCAUAGUGAUUUUUUAAUACUUGUAUUUGUAGUGUUUCCGUUGUUUUUCAUGCCGACAUCUAUGAUGACCUCAUCGUUGGUUACAGUAAUUCAAUCCCCCUCGUCUUCAUGGCUGUACUUGUCUACAUCCACGCGACAACUUCAAGGCCGAACUUGCUUUAAUACAUCCACCUUAAUGUGAUGGCUUUACUUGCCAACAUCCUGGUUUCUUAAACUUGUCUACUUCUACUUCACCCUUUAACUACAUCCAGGGUGCUCUCGUGGUUAAUCUGGUCUACCUCUGCAUCGCCCUUAAGGCUGUACUUGCCUAUAUGAUACUUCUAGGUAUAUACCCAGGUUGCUCUCUUGGUUAAACUUGUCGCCCAGGUUGCUCUCGUGGUUUAACUUGUCCACAUUCACACUGCCCCUUUACUACAUCCAGGUGGCUCUCGUGGUUAAACUUGUCUCCACUUACAUUAGCCCUUAUGGAUUACUUGUCUACGUCCAGGUUGAUCUCGUGGUUAAACUUGUAUGCAUCCAAAUUGCCCCUUUACUACAUCCAGGUUGCUCUCGUGGUUAAACUUGUAUGUAUCCAAAUUGCCCCUUUACUACGUCCAGGUUGAUCUCGUGGUUAAACUUGUAUGCAUCCAAAUUGCCCCUUUACUACAUCCAGGUUGCUCUCGUGGUUAAACUUGUAUGUAUCCAAAUUGCCCCUUUACUACAUCCAGGUUGCUCUCGUGGUUAACAUUGUAUGCAUCCAAAUUGCCCCUUUGCUACAUCCAGGUUGCUAUCGUGGUUUAACUUGUCCACAUCCACAUUGUCCCUUUACUACAUCCAGGUUGCUCUCGUGGUUAAACUUGUAUGCAUCCAAAUUGCCCCUUUACUACAUCCAGGUUGCUAUCGUGGUUUAACUUGUCCACAUCCACAUUGUCCCUUUACUACAUCCAGGUUGAUCUCGUGGUUAAACUUGUAUGCAUCCAAAUUGCCCCUUUACUACAUCCAGGUUGCUCUCGUGGUUUAACUUGUCCACAUCCACAUUGUCCCUUUACUACGUCCAGGUUGCUCUCGUGGUUAAACUUGUAUGCAUCCAAAUUGCCCCUUUACUACAUCCAGGUUGCUCUCGUGGUUAAACUUGUAUAUAUCCAAAUUGCCCCUUUACUACGUCCAGGUUGCUCUCGUGGUUAACAUUGUAUGCAUCCAAAUUGCCCCUUUACUACAUCCAGGUUGCUAUCGUGGUUUAACUUGUCCACAUCCACAUUGUCCCUUUACUACAUCCAGGUUGCUCUCGUGGUUAAACUUGUCUGUAUCCACAUUGCCCCUUUACUACAUUCAGGUGGCUCUCGUGGUUAAACUUGUCCACAUCCACUUUGCCCCUUUACUAUAUCCAGGCUGCUCCCGUGGUUAAGACCCGUGGUUAGAUAUCUACAACUACAUCGCCCUUAUGGCUAUACCUGAGUACAUCAAGGUUUCUCUCGGGGUCAAAAUUGUCUAGACCCAUGUUGGUCUUAUGGUUGGACCUCAUGUUUACAUAGACACCGGCCUUCGUGCACGCUGUGUUCUAGACUGAACUUGUCUACACAUGACGGUGACGGCAUAGUUGAUGUUCUUCAACUAUCAACGUUUCGUGCUUAACAUGUUUGUAUAUUAUAUUGUAUAUGUGCUAGUUUGCUUUUGAUGAUAACUUAAUGAGUGGAUUGAAGAUUCACAUAAUAUAUGUGGGAAUGAUAAAGCUUUGUAUAAAUUACCUAACACAGAAUUAAAUCAAAGUCUAAUUUUUAAAUGGAAUAUUUCUGCCACUGACAUCUUAAUGAUAGCAUCCUAAUAUCAAGGUGAUAACAAUAUUAUCAUUUACGACGUCUUUUAUGCGUCUUCAAGUGACUGCUGUAAAUACAGUUAUUUACACCUUAUAAUAAAUAUAU